AUGGAUGACCAUAAAUACAGAACUUUAAUGCCUUACAACAAGAUAUGGGCAAUAGCUGCUCUUCUAGGCAUCUGGCUUUUGGUAAUUCCUGCCAUGAGCAAUGGACAGACUUUCACUAGUUUCCAUCCUGAACGACGGGACUGGGUUUUUAACCACCUGACAGUCCAUCAAACCACAGGUGCAUUGUAUAUUGGAGCGGUCAACCGUGUAUACAAGCUCUCAGGCAAUCUGACCCUUCUUGUUUCCCAUGAUACAGGCCCAGAGGAUGACAAUAAGGCCUGCUAUCCCCCUCUGAUUGUACAACCAUGUUCCGAGCCCCUUGUCUCCACCAACAAUGUCAAUAAACUUCUCCUCAUUGAUUAUUCCCAAAAUCGUCUGUUGGCCUGUGGAAGCCUCUACCAGGGUGUGUGUAAACUCCUCAGACUGGAUGACCUUUUUAUCUUAGUGGAGCCCUCACACAAGAAGGAGCACUACCUCUCCAGUGUCAACCAGACAGGGACAAUGUAUGGGGUCAUUGUCCCUUCACAGGGGCAAGAUGGCACCCUGUUUAUCGGCACUGCAGUGGAUGGCAAACAAGACUACUUUCCCACCAUCUCCAGUCGAAAAUUACCACGUGAUCCAGAAUCUUCUGCCAUGCUCGACUAUGAAAUGCACACUGAUUUUGUGUCCUCUCUCAUCAAGAUACCAUCAGACACCUUGGCACUUGUCUCCCACUUUGACAUCUACUAUGUUUAUGGCUUUGCAAGCGGCAACUUUGUUUACUUUCUGACUGUUCAGCCGGAGACGCCAGAAAAUAGCAUGUCAUCAAGCGGAUCCAGCAGCGAUCUCUUUUACACUUCUCGCAUCGUUCGCCUCUGUAAAGAUGAUCGCAAGUUUCACUCAUACGUCUCCCUGCCCAUUGGGUGUGUGAAGAAUGGUGUUGAGUACCGACUACUGCAGGCUGCCUACCUUGGCACACCAGGCCACAUUCUUGCAGCCUCGCUUGGCAUCAGUGCCCAAGAUGAUGUGCUCUUCACCAUCUUUUCUAAGGGCCAGAAGCAGUUCCAUCGGCCUCCAGAUGACUCGGCUCUCUGUGUCUUCACCAUCCGAGACAUCAACGCACGAAUCAAGGAGCGUUUGCAGUCCUGCUACCAAGGAGAAGGAAACCUAGAGCUCAACUGGCUUCUUGGGAAGGAUGUCCAGUGCACAAAAGCGCCGGUACCUAUUGAUGAUUCGUUCUGCGGUUUGGACAUCAACCAGCCACUUGGUGGUUCUCAGCUGGUGACUGGUCACACUCUCUACACCGAGACUCGGGACCGCAUGACCUCUGUGACUUCCUAUGUAUACAAUGGCUACUGUGUGGCUUUUGUUGGCACCAAGAGUGGACGUUUGAAGAAGAUUCGUGUCGAUGGGCCUCCUCACGGCGGUGUCCAGUACGAGACGUUGCCGGUUAUAAAGGACGGCAGCCCCGUCCUCAGAGACAUGGCCUUUUCUCUCGACCGCAACUUCCUCUACGUCAUGUCUGAGCGACAGGUGACCCAGGUUCCCAUUGAGUCCUGCGAGCAGUACGAGACCUGUGGGGAGUGUCUGAGCUCCGGGGACCCCCACUGUGGCUGGUGUGUCCUGCACAAUGUAUGCUCUCAGAGGAGUCGGUGCGAGCGUGAAUAUGAGCCGUACCGUUUCGCUGCGUCCCUCAACCAGUGCGUGAAGGCCACCGUCUACCCAGAUAGCAUUGCGGUGUCGGAGCCGAGCGUUCCCCUGCUGGUGAAGGUGACGGAUGUCCCAGACCUUUCUGCAGGAAUAACCUGCUCCUUUGGUAACUUGACGGAGGGUGAAGGUCAAGUAAACGGCAACCAAAUCCUCUGCGUGUCUCCGGCUGCAAAGGAUGUCCCCAUCAUCCCCACUGACCAAGACUGGUCAGGUGUUGAGCUGAGGCUCAAUUCUAAGGAAACUGGUCAGAUGCUCAUCAGCACAGAGAUCAAGUUUUACAACUGCAGUGUCCACCAGCUGUGUCUGUCAUGUGUGAACAGUGCCUUCCGCUGCCACUGGUGCAAGUACCGCAACUUGUGUACCCAUGACCCCUCCAGCUGCUCCUUCCAGGAGGGACGAGUCAACACCUCUGAGGACUGUCCCCAGCUGGUGCCCUCGGAGGAGAUUCUGAUUCCAGCAGGGGAGGUGAAGCCAAUAACUCUGAAGGCCAAGAACCUGCCACAGCCUCAGUCUGGCCAGCGAGGCUAUGAAUGUGUCCUGCACAUCCAGGGCGUCAGCCAUCGAGUUACUGCUCUUCGCUUCAACAGCUCUAGCGUUCAGUGCCAGAACAGCUCGUAUCUGUAUGAGGGAAUGAGGAUCAGUGAGCUGCCUGUGGAUUUCUCAGUGGUGUGGAACGGCAACUUCAUUAUUGAUAACCCGGAGAAUAUACAAGUGCACCUGUACAAGUGUGCAGCGCAGCGCGAUAGCUGUGGCAUGUGUCUGAAGGCAGACAGGAAGUUUCAGUGUGGCUGGUGCAGCGGGGAGGGAAGGUGCACGCUGCGGCACCACUGCCCUCCCAUCAGCCCUUACACCACCCGCUGGCUGAACCUGUCCAGCAAAAACGUGAAGUGUACCAACCCACGCAUCACUGAGGUAACCCCAGUGGCUGGACCCCCAGAGGGAGGCACACGGGUGACCAUCUACGGCACCAACCUUGGUCUGUCUUUCUCUGACAUGGUGGACAAUGUUGAGGUGGCGGGUGUCAGAUGCACCCCUGUGGAGGAUGGCUACAUCAUCGCUGAACAGAUUGUAUGUGAGAUGGCUGCGACUCCAGCAGACAGUCGGCCAGGCCCGGUCCAGUUGUGUGUUGGCGAGUGCAGACCAGAACUCAAGGCUCGCUCCACACAGCUCUACUCCUUUGUGACUCCAACUGUCACGGGCCUGUCCCCGAGCAGAGGGCCGGAGUCCGGAGGCACAAAAGUUACAAUAAUGGGAGAAAACCUGAGUGCCGGCAGCAGCGUCAACGUUCAGUUUGGAAACCAGACGUGCGAGUAUUUUGGGAGGACCAUGAAGGAGAUAGUGUGCUACUCUGCCCCGUCCCUGUCCGGGGUGGGCUCGGUUCAGAUCCGCGUGAGUGUGGAUCACGCCCGAAUCAGAGAGAGCCUCACCUUUGAGUACAUCGAGGACCCGACCGUCCUGCGGAUUGAACCGGACUGGAGCAUCGCAAGUGGUCACACUCCGCUGAUGGUGACAGGAACCAAUCUGGAUGUGGUUCAAGAGCCCAGAAUCAGGGUGAAGUACGCAGGCCGGGAGUCAGUCAACGUGUGUAAAGUGUUGAACACCACCAGCAUGAGCUGCCUCGCCCCCUCCCUGCUGGCAGAGUAUCAUCCAGGUCUGGACACAGUGAAGCACGCAGACGAGUUUGGGUUCAUCUUCAACAACGUCCAGGCACUGCUGGUCUACAACAACACCAACCUCCUCUACUACCCCAACCCUUACUUUGAACCGCUCAGCACCACCGGGGUCCUGGAGCAAAAGCCAGGCACGCCAAUCAUUCUCAAGGGCAGAAACCUGAUUCCCCCGGCGCCGGGAGGAGUGAAGCUGAACUACACGGUGCUGAUGGGAGAAACGCCCUGCUCCGUCACUGUGUCUGAGAGCCAGCUGCUGUGUGAGCCCCCAAACCUCACCGGACAAUACAAAGUUGUGGUUCAAGUAGGAGGCCUCCACGUGUCUCCUGGAGCUGUGCACAUCAUGUCUGACAGUCUGCUGACCCUUCCAGCCAUUGUUAGCAUUGCAGCAGGUGGAGGGCUCCUCCUCAUCAUCGUCAUCCUCGUCCUCAUUGCCUACAAGCGGAAGUCUCGUGAAAAUGACCUCACCCUGAAGCGCUUGCAGAUGCAAAUGGACAACCUGGAGUCACGAGUUGCCCUGGAGUGCAAAGAAGCCUUUGCAGAGUUGCAGACUGACAUCAACGAGCUCACCAGUGACCUCGACAGAGCUGGAAUCCCCCAUCUGGACUACAGAACGUACGCCAUGAGAGUUCUCUUUCCUGGUAUAGAGGAUCAUCCCGUCCUCAGAGAACUGGAGGUGUCAGGCAACGGCCAGCAGAGCGUGGAGAAGGCCCUGAAGCUGUUUGGGCAGCUCAUCAACAACAAAGUGUUCCUGCUCACCUUCAUACGAACGCUGGAGAUGCAGCGCUCGUUUUCUAUGAGGGACCGUGGCAACGUGGCCUCGCUCAUCAUGACUGCCCUGCAGGGACGGCUGGAGUACGCCACCGAUGUCCUCAAACACCUGCUGUCGGACCUGAUCGACCGCAACCUGGAGAGCAAGAACCACCCCAAACUGCUGCUGCGCAGAACAGAGUCUGUUGCUGAGAAGAUGCUCACAAACUGGUUCGCCUUCCUCCUUCACAAAUUCCUCAAGGAGUGUGCCGGGGAGCCUCUGUUCAUGCUGUACUGCGCCAUCAAGCAGCAGAUGGAAAAGGGGCCCAUCGACGCCAUCACUGGAGAGGCCCGCUACUCCCUGAGUGAAGACAAGCUCAUUCGGCAGCAGAUCGAGUACAAAACCCUGAUCCUGAACUGUGUAAACCCCGACAACGAAAACAGUCCGGAGAUUCCAGUGAAGGUGCUGAACUGCGACACCAUCACCCAGGUGAAAGAGAAGAUCCUUGAUGCUGUUUACAAGAACAUGCCCUAUUCUCAGCGGCCACGAGCUGUCGACAUGGACCUAGAGUGGCGUCAGGGACGAAUGGCUCGCGUGGUGUUACAGGACGAAGACAUCACCACCAAGAUCGAAAACGACUGGAAGAGACUAAACGCUCUUUUGCACUACCAGGUGUCGGACCGCAGCGUGGUGGCUUUGGUGCCUAAACAGACCUCAUCGUACAACAUCCCUUCCUCAGCCAGCAUAUCACGGGCCUCCAUCAGCCGAUACGACUCGUCAUUCCGUUACACAGGAAGUCCAGACAGCCUCCGUUCACGUGCUCCCAUGAUCACACCAGACCUGGAAAGCGGUGUGAAGGUGUGGCACUUGGUGAAAAACCACGAGCACGGAGACCAGAAGGAAGGGGAUCGGGGCAGCAAGAUGGUCUCUGAGAUCUAUCUGACCCGACUUCUAGCUACAAAGGGCACACUACAAAAAUUUGUUGACGAUCUAUUUGAGACUUUGUUCAGUACCGUCCAUCGAGGGAGUACUCUCCCUCUGGCCAUCAAAUACAUGUUUGACUUCCUGGAUGAGCAGGCUGAUAAACAUGGCAUUUAUGACACAGAUGUACGUCACACAUGGAAAAGCAACUGCCUUCCGUUGCGUUUCUGGGUGAACGUGAUCAAGAACCCACAGUUUGUGUUUGACAUUCAUAAGAGCAGCAUCACCGACGCCUGUCUAUCUGUGGUGGCACAGACUUUUAUGGAUUCUUGCUCCACUUCAGAGCAUCGACUGGGAAAAGACUCCCCAUCAAAUAAACUGCUGUACGCUAAAGAUAUCCCCAAUUACAAGAGCUGGGUGGAAAGGUACUACGCUGACAUCACCCGGAUGCCAGCCAUCAGCGACCAGGACAUGAACGCGUAUUUAGCAGAGCAGGCCAGACUCCACUCCACCGAGUUCAACAUGCUCAGUGCUCUGAACGAGAUCUACUCCUACGUCAGCAAGUACAGCGAGGAGAUUGUCGCGGCCCUGGAGCAGGAUGAGCAGGCGAGGAAGCAGAGGUUGGCCUACAAGGUGGAGCAGCUCAUCGCUGUCAUGUCUCUUGAGAGCUGAGGGUGAACCUACCGUCCCUGCAGGACCUUACUUACCUCUCAUUGUGGGAACUUCAACCACAAACCAGAUAUGGGACCUCUGUAUCUACAGCCGGAAAAAAACUCUGAACUGCUUUAGUGUGACCUUCUCCCAGCCGCUUCAUAACGG